AUGCCGGCUCAAACCACUUCUCAACCCAACACUCAGUCUACCCGCGGGCGCAAACGAGCUCUUUCUACCGUAACUCGAGAAAGCUCAGAAGACAGUGCCGAAAGCGAAGAGGUGGAAUGGGAAUGGAUAUACAACACCGAGCAGGCAGAACACGGCGAAGAUGAGAGCGAUCGCAAAAGGAGAAAAGUCACAGCCAGCUCCAAGAUUAUCGGCGCUCGGUAUGGCGACUUUGAAUGCCGCGUUGGGGACACGGUGAUGCUCAAGGCCGAUGGAUCUAAUGGAACAUGGGUGGCCAUCAUCUGUGAUUUCCGGGAGGACGCCGAGAAUGAAGGGAUGGCUGCCAAUUUUAUGUGGUUCUUGACGGAGAAGGAGAUUCUUAACAAGGACAGAAAACGAAAGGACUUCUACUGGAAUGAGCUGUAUAUAUCACCAUCUUGGGAUGUGAAUCCCCUGGCCUCGAUAGACGGAAAGGCCAACAUCAUGUCACCAGAUGCCUUCCUUAGUUCGUACCCAUCUGGGAAGAUCCCGCGGAACUCUCCCGACUAUGGAAAGACAUUUGUCUGCCGGCGCGGCUGUAACACUCGGUCAACAACAUAUACGGAUGAAUUUGUAUGGGAGGAGGUGUAUCAGAACGGACAAGAUGUGCCAGCACUGAUUGAAAUGGUUGAGAAGGGCACCAAGCCAACUCGUCGCAGAGCUCGAGCACAAUCACCGCCAGACGGCGACACAUAUCUACCGCCUCAAACACCCACAAAAUCAGGAAGAACCCCGGCAACCACGCCCAAGUCGAAGCGAGGACCAAGGAGCGCUUCAAAGAAACUCGAAUUCACGCCGUUAGCCACCCGGAAGCUGUCGCCGAGUCAGGUUCAAGCUUCUCCAUUUCAGAUAGCCCGUUCAAGGCUUCACGUCUCAGCUGUCCCUUCCAGUCUACCGUGUCGUGAAGGAGAAUUCUCACUCGUAUACUCACACCUGGAAGCUGCCAUUACUGAAGGUACAGGUAACUGCAUCUACAUUUCUGGGACACCAGGCACCGGAAAGACGGCCACUGUGCGAGAGGUCAUUUCUCGCCUCGAAGAAGCUGUCGGGUCAGACGAGUUGGAUGACUUUAUCUUCGUCGAGAUCAAUGGCAUGAAGAUUACUGAUCCUCAUCAGGCGUACUCGCUGCUCUGGGAGGCUCUCAAGGGUGACCGUGCCAGCCCAGCCCAAGCUCUCGAUCUUCUGGAACGCGAGUUCAACAACCCCAGUCCAAGACGCAUUCCAUGUGUAGUAUUAAUGGAUGAGCUUGAUCAGCUGGUCACAAAGAACCAGGCAGUCAUGUACAACUUUUUCAAUUGGCCAACCCUCCGACAUAGCCGCCUCAUCGUACUCGCCGUGGCCAACACAAUGGAUCUGCCGGAGAGAACGUUGAGUAACAAGAUUAGCAGUCGUCUAGGCCUUACUCGAAUUACGUUUCCAGGAUACAAUCACGAACAGCUCAUGAAGAUCAUCCAAUCUCGUCUCGAAGGUGUACCGGGGAAUAUCGUCGAUGCAGAUGCCGUCCAGUUUGCCAGCCGCAAAGUAGCCGCUGUCAGUGGAGACGCCAGGCGAGCGUUAGACAUCUGUCGUCGAGCCGUCGAACUCGCCGAGGGCGAUGCCCCGGGAGACCCAAUGACACCAAGCAAGAAAGCCCCUGGCAGCGGAGCCCCUGAUCAGUCUCGGCGCGGAAGAGUCACGAUUUCCACCAUCAAGAGGGCCAUCAACGAGGCCACGACGAAUCCUAUCCAGCAGCAUCUGCGUGGCCUCCCGCUGACGUCCAAGAUGCUCAUGGCCGCGCUGAUUCUGAGAAUUCGGCGGUCUGGUUUGGCUGAGACAACGCUUGGCGAGACUCUGGAUGAGCUCCAGCGAGUGGCCGCUUUUUCGGCCAGACCUCCCCCUGGCAUGGCGCAGAUUCUUCCCGGACUUGCCAAGGGGACUCAAGUUGUUGGCCGACGUCUGGUAGGGCGGCCAAUGUACAUUCAUACAGCCGCCCUGGAGCUCGUGGCCGCUGGAUUAGUCAAUCUAGAGGCUCAUCGUGCAGAUCGAUCGAGUAGGCUGCGGUUAGCCAUUGCGGAUGAUGAAGUGAAGAUGGCGCUGCGUGAUGACGCCGAUCUCAAGGCCAUGGGUCUGAGUAUUUAG